CAUUAAUGUCGAUUCGAGGAGGCGCUGGAAAUCACCCGUCCGAAUGGUUUCAUCCAACGAAGCUGAAGUGUUAGGCGAUGUCAUGACUUUAUCGUUACGCGACGCACCUAAAUUAUCGAUGGAGAUCAGGUCAUCCUAUGAGCUCGGUCGAAUGUUAGGCAGUGGAGAAGUCGUUGGAAAACUCGAAACAUCAUGGGAUGAGCUGCUCCAUCCUGGAGAUGAACCUUUCGAAUUAUCCUUCCCAUCAGUUUGUGGCGAUCACCCUUCCCUCAUGCUGAAGGCCGCUGUUCUACAUCCUUGUGACGAUCAGGACGGCGCACUGUUUGACUCCAUAGUAGACUGCGAGAUUGGUCGAGACACAGAUGCAGGCCACGCCCGAUUUGCUCAAUAUGUGACAAGCAAGACGGUCUCUCAACUGAACGAUGCUGUAGAGCAUUUUCAGUCGGUUCUGGACCAGUAUCCGGUCGACCAUCCCGACCGCGCAGCGGCUCUCACCAACCUUGCGUGGGUCCGCCUCAUAGGCUACAUUCGAAAGGAUUUUCAAGACAUUGACUCUGUCACUUCCCUCUUCCGCGACGCCCUUGCAUUGCGUCCGCAGGGCCACCCCGAUCAUCCAUUAUCGCUCUAUUACCUCACCAAAGCGCUGACCUGGCGCUACCUCAAGGAGGGCACUGCCGUCCAUAUCCAUGAAUCCGCCCAACUGUACUGCAAGCUGUUGCCCCUCUGUCCAGAGGGCACUUACCUUCGUGGCAUCGCGGUAGGGGCAAAUGGCGUCGAUUAUGUGAUCCGCGCAUGCAACAAUCGUCCAACCGACGCAUCCGAUGAAGGCAUCCACCUCCGACGAAUCGUACUCCAGCUUUGUCCUCCGGGUCAUCAAAACCGUCCAGACGCACUCAACAAGCUUUCAAGGGCUCUCCAAUUACGCUUUCAACAAUGCGGCAGCAUUGAUGACAUAGACGAGAGCAUACGAGUUAGUCGCGAAGCUGUUUCUCUAUACCCCGAGGAACAUACCAGCCGUGCUACCUAUUUGAAUAACUUGGGCUUAUCACUCCGACUCCGCUUUGAUCACCAAGGCAGAUCCCAUGACCUUGACGAAGCCACCUGUGUAUAUGAAGAAGCGCUGCGCAUGUGCCCUGUUGGGCACGAAACUCGUUAUAAAUCAUUGAACAGGCUAGGGGGCGCCCUCCACGUCCGUUUCACCCAACGUGGUGAUGUUGAUGACAUUAGCAAAGCUAUCAGCCUCUGUCGCGAGGCACUGAUGUCGAGCCCACCUGGGCAUCCAGAUCAUGACACCAUGCUUAACAACCUUGCUGUCACGCUCAAUAUCAGAUAUGACAAUUUGGAUGUCAGCGAGGAUCUCGACGAGGCCAUCAAUCUUUACCGCGAAUCACUUCGGUUAACGCGGCUUGACCAUCCAGAGCGUCAUAGAAAUCUCUACAAUUUGAGUUCAGUACUUCGCUCUCGUUUCACAAAAACUCAGAAGAAUGAAGAUAUCGAGGAGGCCAUUCGACUCUGCCAAGAGUCGUUGGAGGCUUUACCUUCACUGCACCCAGAUAGACAUUUCAGCUACAUGUGGUUGCAAGAAGCCUACUUGUCUCGCUAUCGAGUGCAACGCAAGUCUACCGAUUUGCCACUCGCUAUAGAGAACUUCAGACUGGCAUCGCAACACCCAACUGAAGGAUUUCCAGAACGCAUAAAGGAGGCUAUUGAUUGGGCUCGCCAAGCAGAAGUCUAUCAACAUGAAUCUGCCCUCGAAGCGUACCAAAUAUGCUUGGAACUUUUUGACAACUAUGUGAUGACACGAUCGUCGAUCAUCUCACGACGCGAGGCUGCAACCACUUUCCACGGCGCACAGUCACUGCCAGUAGAUGCAGCCUCAUGUGCCAUCCGUCGUGACAAUCUACGACAGGCAGUCGAACUCGUGGAGCAGGGCCGUGGCCAGCAGUGGUCGCUGGCCUCGCGACUCAGAACACCUCUCGAUGACCUGGAGUCCACGAGUCUUGAGCUAGUUCGCAAGCUCUCAGAGCUCAGAAAGAGCCUUUCUGAUGCUCAGGGUUCCGCAGCCAGCACAGACAGAGCUGCUGCUGAUCGGGCAGCAACCGAGUACAGGCGACUUACAAGGCAAUGGGACGCUGCAGUGGCUCAAAUCCGUAAUCUUCGGGCGUUCUCACGAUUCCUGCUCCCGCUUUCGUACAAUGACUUGCAAGCGGCAGCGCGUCAUGGCCCAGUCAUCAUCUUCGUCGCCAGUCAAUACUCAUGCAGCGCCCUUGUUAUCCCGACAUCAGGAGAUCCCCAUCACGUCCAUUUCCCGCGCAUCACUCUCACACAUCUUAAGAGGCUCAAGGGUGAUUUCGCUAAGGCGAUAAAGCACUCGGCUGGUAUGCGCCCAGAGGAGAAGAGGAAGGAUCUGCGAGAACUCUUACGGGUAGUAUGGGAUGAGAUAAUGCUACCCAUCGUCGACGUACUUGAGCGUGGUCUCACAUUGCAGCGCCGGUCUCGAAUCUGGUUGUGUCCGACUGCAGACUUCACGUCGAUCCCUCUCCACGCAGCUAACUCAUUUCGGAUGAAUGCAGAUGACUCUGGGCCGGAAUACUGCCUGGAAGAUAUCUACAUCUGCUCAUAUACUCCAACACUUUCAGCUCUGAUCAGAGCUCAACAGUCAAUGGAGGAGCCUGUGCUCCCUUCUUUUGUGGCAAUCGGACAGGGUCAACCGGGGGUAGGGCAAGGCAAGGCGCUCUUAGCUGUCGACGACGAGCUCGACCUUGUCUGUAGCCUCGUUCCCGCGACAGCCAACCCCACCACUAUCUCCGGCGAUAAUGCCACGCGAGCAGGUGCACUAGAAGCUCUGCAACGGAACACAUGGGUGCAUCUCGCUUGUCAUGGCAAGCAAGACCAUGAGCAGCCUUACAAUUCUCAUUUCGCUAUGAGAGACACACCUCUCACGCUGCUUGACAUCAUGGAACAAGACAUUCCGCACGCUGAGUUCGCGUUCUUGUCGGCGUGUCAUACCGCCGUGGGCGAUGAGGAGACGCCUGACGAAGUCAUCCACCUUGCGGCUGGACUGCAGUUUUCUGGGUUCAAGAGCGUCAUUGGCACGCUGUGGGAGGUCGACGACUCUGUCGCGAAGCACGUCGUGACGGCUUUCUAUGAGAAGGUGUUUGAGGAUCUGGAGGAUGGAGGUGUCAUGGACUGUAGGAAGGCGGCGCAGGCACUCAACCAUGCUACGUACGUCGUGAAGAGGAAGGUGCCGCUCGAGCAGAGGAUCGUUUUCAUUCAUAUCGAUUUACUAUAUAAGUUGCUCUUGUAG